AUGGAUAGGUUCAUGAAUGGAGGCGGGGUCCCGCAGAGUUCGAAGGUGGAGGAUCCUCGACCAUUCGGAAUUAGCAGUUCUGUGGAUACUCUGUUUGAUGCGUCUCAGUAUGCAUUCUUCGGCAAGGAUCUUGUUGAGGAAGUGGAGUUGGGGGGGUUGGAGGAAGAGGAGGAAGAGCCCGCUCCAGCUGAAUUUGAUGAAGAGGAAUUUCUUUUUGAUAGACAAGAGGGAGACGGUUUAGGAUCUUUAUCGGAUAUUGAUGAUAUUAGCAAUGCAUUUUCAAAGUUAAAUGAGGAUGUAGGUGGGCCAAGAAGAUUUGGUGUAAUCGCUGAGAGGGGGUCAAGAGAAAGUUCAUCUGCUGCCGAGUGGGCACAAGGGGAAGAGGUCCCUAAUUGGUAUGGCCAGCAGGUAGUUGACCCCGACAUAUCUCAAGAUAGCAAGAGAUGGUCAUCACAACCCUUUGCCUCUUCUGCUCGACCGGGAGAUCCGAACAACUUGUAUCGAACAUUUUCAUAUCCGGAGCAACCCCAGCAACACCAUCAACAAGUACACCAUCAACAGUUCUCAAGUGAACCGAUUCUUGUCCCAAAACCUUCUUAUCCUUCAUAUCCUCCUCAAGUUAGCGGACAAUCCCCACUUGCUUCACCAAAUCACACACAGUUAAAUAUCCCGCAUCUCUCUGGAAACCCCCAGAUGGCAUUGUCUCCGCAGAACCAGUCUCCCUUCUCCAAUUCUCAGCUCCAGAUGCCUGGUGUGCACCACGGAUCACCACAGUACGGCAGAAACUUGCAACAGCUUGCCUCUGGUCUAGCUGUUAACAGUCGUCCACCAGGGCAAUGGGCGAACCAAACUGGGAUGUUCCCUGGAGACCAUCCCAUGAACCGGAUGAACAAUGCGCUGCCUCAUCAGAAUGGGCUAAUGCCUCCACAGAUGAUGCGACCUCAUAUGCAGCAGCAGCAGCUACUGCAGCAUAGAUUUCACCAUCAGGGUCAGCCAUCUUUAAGUCAUUUACCAGGUAUUCAGAGUCAAAUCUUUAACCCACAUCACCCUCCAUCACCUCCAGUGAUGGGAAACUUUGGCGCGGUUCUAGGCAUGGGCGAGCUCAGAGAUCAAAGACCGAGAUCGGUUCAGAGAGGUGGCCGGUUCAACAUGCGGUAUCCUCAACCAAGCUAUGAUAGCGGCUGGCCACAGUUCAGAUCCAAGUACAUGUCAACCGAUGAACUUGAUGGCAUUCUCAGAGUGCAACUUGCUGCGACACACAGCAACGACCCGUAUGUAGAUGAUUACUAUCACCAGGGGUGUCUCUUCAAGAAAUCCUCAUCUGGUGCAACAAAGAUCAGACACCAUUUCUGCCCAACGUACUUGCGCGAUCUACCUCCGGGGGCCCGCGUGAACUCUGAACCACAUGCUUUCCUACAGGUGGAUGCUCUUGGUAGGGUUCCUUUCUCUUCCAUCCGCAGGCCCCGCCCUCUUCUCGAGGUGGAUCCUCCCAAUUCUUCUACUACCAAUAGCGAACAGAACAAUGUUUCCCCCGAGAAGCCACUAGAGCAGGAGCCUAUGCUUGCAGCUAGAGUUGCAAUUGAAGAUGGUCUCUGCCUCCUCCUAGAUGUUGAUGAUAUCGAUCGUUUCCUCAAGUUUAAUCAGAUCCCUGAUGGUGGGACCCACUUGAGAAGGCGGCGGCAGGAACUGUUGGAAGGGCUAGCAACAUCUCUCCAGCUGGUAGAUCCACUUGGGAAAAAUGGACAAACAGGUGGAAAUGACGACAUGGUUUUCUUGAGGGUAUUGGCCCUUCCCAAGGGCAGGAAACUUCUGUCUAGGUACCUACAACUGCUACCAGCUGGCGACCUCCUACGUGUUGUCUGCAUGGCCAUCUUCCGUCACUUGAGGUUUCUGUUUGGAGAUAUGUCUCGGGCAGCUGAAGCUACGAGCAACCUGGCUAGGACUGUAUCAUUGUGUGUCCGCCGGAUGGAUCUCGGGUCGCUCAGUGCGUGCCUUGCUGCCGUGGUUUGUUCGUCUGAGCAACCGCCAUUGCGCCCAUUGAGCAGCUCGGCGGGAAAUGGGGCUUCGGUCGUCUUGGUUUCUGUGCUCGAACAGGGUGCUGAGUUGUUGAGCGAUUCACUUCAAGAUGCGAGCAACUACAAUGUCACAAACCGGGCGCUUUGGAAGGCCUCGUUUGAUGAAUUCUUUGGUCUGCUUAUCAAGUAUUGCGUGAAUAAGUACGACGGGAUUAUGCAGUCUUCUUGCUUAGAUCCAGCUGAAGCUAUCAAGAGAGAAUUGCCUAUGGAGCUUUUAAGGGUGUGUGUUCCACAUACCAACGAGUACCAGAAGAAGAUGUUGUAUGAUCUCUCUCAGCGGUCGUUGGUUGGUCAGGAGAAAGGCAAUGUUGGUCAGGCAGUGUGA